GUAUUCACAGUUGAAGAGAUGAUGCCUCACGUGCAACAUUUAAAAGGAGCACUCAGCAAAAACCUUUUCCUUAAAGACAAGAAGAAAAAAAGACUAUGGCUGGUAACGGUUCUGCAUGACAGGCAAAUCAAUUUAAAUGACUUGGCGAAGAAACUGGGUGCUGGCAGUGGAAACCUGCGCUUUGCUGAUGAAGCAACCCUGUUGGAUAAACUGAAAGUUGGCCAGGGUUGCGUAACGCCUUUAGCUCUCUUCUGCGACCAAGGAGAUGUAAAGUUUGUGUUGGAUGCUGCCUUUCUGGAGGGAGGUUAUGAGAGGUUGCAUUUUCAUCCAAUGACAAAUGCAGCAACCGUGGGGAUACAUCCAGAUGACUUCCUAAAAUUUCUUAAGUCUACAGGACACGAGCCUAUGCUUGUACAUUUUGAUGAUAUAGCAUUAUGAGACCACUUUUCUAUUUUAGAUAUGGGAAAUGACUGUUUAGCCAACAAAUGUAAGAAAUAUAUUUUCGUACUAUUUCAAAAGUAUUGUAAGAUUCCCCCCCCCCAUGGGAUAAUACUGGCUUCAGAGUGCACUUGAUAACGUUGUGAUGUUCUCAGCCACACUGGUCUACAGGAG